CAGUCUAUAAGUCAAACCACGUCCAGCUCUGCUCUGGAAAUUGCACUCUGUGAAAUUGCUGUGAAUUGCGCAAUUGUCUACCUCAAAGCGGUUGCAGAUCCAUAUCUCAGAGGCCCGCCGUCUCAUUGGUCGAAGAAUACGGAAGGGCCUCGGGCCGUCGCUGGAAGGUGGCCCGACAUGUUUUCCGACAUGAGUGUACAAUGGCUGGUGCUCCUUAUCUUACUGGUGUCGACUGCAUUCAUCUACACGACGAACUUGAUCCUUCGGAAAGAGAAUAGAAUUCCUGAACCUCGUGGAUGGCCAGUGAUUGGACACCUUCCGCUUCUGCAGCCCAAGAUUGUCCAUCGAACUCUGAUGAAUAUCGCCCAGAAAUAUGGACCUCUGUAUAAAUUGAGGUUAGGAAUGCUGAAGGUUUUGGUUAUAUCGUCUCCAGAUUUGGCCAAGGAGAUUCUCAAAAUUCAAGAUGCAUCGUUUGCAGAUCGUCCUUUCACAGUCGUGGGAGAGCUAUUCAGCUACCAACUAAAAGGCAUUAUAUUUUCACCAACUGAUGAUCACUGGCGUUUUAUGAGGAAACUUGGCUCCGAGUUGAUGUCUUCAAAGGCCAUCCAAAAGCAACAGGUUUCCAGGCAUGAGACGCUGAUGACGGCUGUGAACUCCCUACUUGAACGUCAGGGAAAGCAAUUCAUAGAUUUACGCGAAGAAUUACUCGACAUGAUGCUCACCCUCAUGCUCCAAAUGCUGCUCGGGAAAAGGCUAACUGCAGGGAAGUCAGUAGCAAAGUCAUCUGAAUCCAAUGGUAUGAAGAAACUCACACAACUCUACAAAGAACUGGCUAAAUUAGACCUCUUUGUGAUGGGUGACUGCUUUCCGUUCUUGAGGUGGCUGGACGUGGGAGGCGUGGAAGCCAGAGUUGCGAAAUUGCAUCGCGGGUUCGAUAACUGUCUCUCGGAUGCCAUGAAUGCCCUUCGUCGCGAAGCUCCACAUGCUACUUCUGAGGACCCAGGCUUGAUGCAAACUUUGUUGUCCAUGCAACGCACUGAAGAAGGAAAAAACAUAACUGAUGACGAAAUCAAAGCUCUCGUCACUGAUUUGUUGAUAGCUGGUAUAGACACUACAGCAAACACCAUUGUGUUUGGGAUGGCUGAAUUGAUGAGGAAUCCAGACGUCAAGGAGAAGCUUCUCAAGGAGCUGGACGAAUUUGUGGGUAGAGAGCGAGUGGUGGAGGAGUCAGAUCUUGUCAACCUCAAGUACCUGAAGAUGGUGAUAAAGGAGACUUUCCGUCUUCAUCCACCGGUGCCAGUUCUGUUACCUCGCAAGUCCAUGGAGCGUGCGACUGUCGCUGGAUAUAAAAUUCCAAAGAAUUCGCAGGUUUUAAUCAACUCAUACGCCAUUCAACGAAGUCCAGAAUCGUGGGACGAUCCGACCAGUUUCAAGCCGGAGAGAUUUGCGAACAAUCCCAUAGACGUGAAAGGCCAAGACUUCUGCCUCCUGCCUUUCGGAGCCGGUCGAAGGCAGUGUCCAGGCAUGGGAAUUGGUGGGCUGAUGGUGGAGAUCACUCUGGCGACAUUCUUGCAAAUUCUCGAGUUCUCUCUUCCUGCAGGAAUGAAACCAGAAGAUGUGGACAUGGCCGAGCAAGCUACAAUCUCAUCUUCUCUGGUUUCUCCGCUCCUGGUUUCAGUGAAACCACGAUUAUCCCCGAACCUGUGCAGCAUGCGAACUUAAGGUAGGACUUUUCUGAGAUCCUACGUCCUUACAUGGAACAUUAUUCAGGUAGAAACAGGAUUUGGCGACAAAAUAUAAACCUUCGAACAACAUGCUCCAGCUCGACCUUUGAAGUGUUAGAAAUCCCACCUCAUAAUUUAAGAAAUUUGUACGUAGGAACCAUAGACUGCAUCCACUACAUUCGUGGAAUUGUGUUAAAUAGAUGCUUGAGUAACAGAUGAGGAAUGGUUUCUCCAAACCUUCUUUCAAGUAAUGGUUUCGGGCCUUUAGCCCUCGGGUGGCAUCGCCCUAUGAAAUUCUGAUAAAUACUUUUAAUUUGUACAGAGAUAUUCUCUUGAUGAGAUCAAGAGACAGCUAAUUUCUAUUUAAAGUUAUAGUUAA